CCUAAUCCCUUUUCAUCGAUUUACUCGGGUUUGUAAUCAAAACAAAGAUUGAAGCUCUCAACUGGUUGUGAUUGAAGCUCUCAGUUGGUUGUGAUUGAAGGGUAGCAGUACUCACAGGACAGUGUUUCUCAAGCAGUUUUCAUCUAGACGGCUUCUAACUGAACAAAUGAAAAAGGAAGCAAACAACAAGACAAAUAUGAAAUCUCAUGUCAAGAAUCAAAGGGGUGCUUCCAGUUUGGAGCUUCCACAGUUCAAGUCAAGCAAUGAAUUAUUGGCUAAGCGUUACAAAAUCAAGCGUGAGGAGGGAAUGGCCAAUCUUCAACAAACGAAUGCAUCUAUAACUAAAGUUGGAGCUCCUAGUAACAAACAAAAUCAGCCACCAACUACUCAACCGUUCAAGUUAUCUAUGUUUGCAACAACUGCGAAAACAAAUUUGAAUUCGAUUAAAGAGCCAGUCACGAAGCCUAAUCCAAAGAAAAAAAUUUCAGACAAUGCGAGUAGGACUCAACCUAAUGUUAUUGCUGAAAGGAGUGUAGAAAAGGAAGUUUCCAUGAAAAAACACAAAGGGUUGAAGAUUCAAGAUUCAAAAGGGCAAAGUUUGGCUCAAGGUAGAGGACCGGUACCUACACAAAUUCAAGAGCCAAAGGAGCAGCCCAUGAAAAAAACAAUGAUUGAAGAUGGAUCAAUGGAAAGACAGCAAACUGGGAAAAACAAUUAUGUUGGAAAUGGUAGUUUGAAGGCCAAGGAGCAGCCUAGGAAAAGGGUAGUAGUGUCUGGAGAUGAGUCAAGGGUAAAAGAGAAACCUUUGAAAAGGAUAGUUGUUGAAGAUGACUCAAGGGCAAGGCAGGAAAGUGCUAGAAAGAAGUCAAAAAGAACCCCUUUGUGUCCAUCAAUGUUAAUUGAUGACUACCUUAAGAAAAAUGGAAAAGAUGUUGAAAACGAGAUCCGGAAUUUAAUUGAAGAUGAGGGAGACAUUGUUAUGGAAGAACAAGAAGAAAAUGUGGAUUGUGAAGAAGCUGCUGAAACAAAUGAGACAACUAAGAAAAGAACUCGGGGACCAACACUGUGUUUAAAAAUAUAUGCAAGGUCUCUCAAACAACGUGAAGAAGUUACUCUAGACGAUGACGGAGAUGUAAUUGGACCCGAUGACAAAACUGUUGCAGAAUUUGCCAAUUUCCUUGGCUCUAUAGCAAGGAAUUCAGAUUUCUGUCCCUUGAUCUAUACAAACUUCAAAGAGAUGCUGAAAAAGGAAACAAAAAAUGAUCAUAUGGACCGUAAGGAGCGUAUAUGGAGAUUUGUUAAUAGGAAGUACAUUAUUCCUGAUGAAGGACAAAAAGUGGUGUUUAUUACAAUAAAUAGGGCUUGGAGACACCAUAAGUGCGAUAUGAAAAAAAAACAUUUUCUGAAAUACACUAGUAUGAAGGAGAGAUUAAAAAAUCGUCCUGAGAGCAUAUCUGAAAAUCAUUUCAAGAAACUGUUGAUAUAUUGGAAAGAUAGCAAUGUCCAAGCCAUUAGCCAAAAAAAUGCAGUUAAUAGGAGCAAGCAAAAGUUUAGGCAUCGUGUGGGACCAACGAACUUUGCUAGAAUUCGUGCAAAAAUGCGGGCUAAGAAGGAUGGAGAAGUCACCCAAGCCGAGGUGUUUAUUGAAACUCGCAAAAGUCGAAGAGGAAAAGAAGUUGAUGGAGAAACACAAGUUGCUAUAGACAAACUUCAAGAAUCUAUUGAUAAUUCACCUGAAACUGCCAAAGAAACAUUUCACUCACUAUUUGGGAAAGAAAAGCCUGGUAGUGUGCGUUGUCAUGGAAAAACUGCCACACCAUCAUCAUUAAGGAAAAAAGAAGAAAUUUCUUUAGUGAAAAAGCAAUAUGAUGGGAAAAUUGCUGACAUGUCACAGAAGAUGGGAGCAAUGGAAGUACUUUUAAAAAACAUGUACAUGCAACAAAAUCCACAUUUAAGUGAAGAAGAUGUAGAUAAUAUGAUUAGAAAUACUUUACAUGGUGAUGAUAAUAGUCCAAUAGCACGUUCGUCGACAUCGACAUAUGCUCCUGCUCAUCUUAAGGUUAGAAAUGAAAAUGAUCAUGAUCAAGAUGAUGAUGAUCCUCAAGAUGAUGAUAAUCCUCAAGAUGAUGAUGAUGAUGAUGCUUAUGAUCAAGAAGAUAAUCUUGAUUGUUCUCAAAAUGAUCCUCAAGAUGAUGAAUUUCAAGAUGGUGAUGAAGACCAAUAUUGAUUCAAGCAUGGAAGAUUAUGUUUUGCUUUUUGUAACAAGUUAACUUGUAGUUUAUUUCGUUUUGAUCUAUUUUGUAAAGUUAACUUCUACUUUAUAUCGCAUGGAUCUAUCUUGAAAAAUACAUUAUGUACCAUGUGUAUUAUGCAAAUUAGAAUAUUAUUGACAAUUACAUAAUUAGACUU